UCCUAGCGCUCUCUUCUCGAGGCAUUUAACAUCUCUCCUCUCCUCCGCCGCAAAGUUUCGCAGCUCAGUGAAGCUGUGUUUGGUGGCUGUCCCACUUUUAGAGCUGAAAAACUAAAGUUCUGACGGUUUCACGGAAAGAAACUGAAAUAAGGAAGUGCAGCAGCCCGACACACUCUGAGUAAGUCACCAUGGUUCAGGCUAAGUCAUGGGUUUUGGUGAAGCAUUUCGAUGGCUUCCCAAAGGACAGCGACUUCCAACUCAAGGUGGAGGAGCUACCUGAACCCAAAGAUGGAGAGGUGCUUUUGGAAGCGGUUUUUCUCAGUGUGGAUCCAUACAUGAGGCCGUACAGCAGGUUCCACAUGAAGGAAGGGGACGUGAUGAUCGGAACUCAAGUGGCGAAGGUGAUUCAGAGUAAAAACCCAGCAUUUCCUGUGGGGAGCCACGUUGUGAGCCGCAGUGGUUGGAGGAGCCACUCAGUCAGCGACGGGACAGACCUCACUCCCGUCAUGGCUGACUGGCCUUCAGACGUUUCGCUGUCUCUGGCUCUGGGUACCGUCGGCAUGCCAGGGCUGACGGCUCUGUACGGAAUAGAGGAGGUUCUCGGACUGCAGAAGAACGAGACUCUGCUGGUGAACGCCGCGGCCGGAGCUGUGGGGAAUGUGGUGGGACAGAUCGCCAAGAUCAAGGGCUGUAAGGUGGUGGGCUCAGCCGGGUCAGAUGCCAAAGUGGCUUACCUGAAAGAGCUGGGCUUUGACGAGGCUUUCAACUACAAAACUGUCCCUUCCCUGGAGGAGGCGCUGAAGAAGGCUGCUCCUGAAGGAUAUGACUGUCUCUUUGAAAAUGUCGGAGGUUAUUUUUCAGCUGUCGCCCUUCCACAAAUGAAGACCUUUGGAAGAAUAGCUGUGUGUGGGAGCAUCUCCACUUACAACGACGGCACACCGCAGACAGGGCCUUACCCUCACAUGACGAUGAUCAUGAAGCAGCUCAAGAUGGAGGGUUUCACGCAAAACAGGUGGCAAGACAAAAACCCCGAAAGCCUCAAGAGAAUGAUGGCCUGGCUAAGAGAGGGGAAACUGAAGUGCAGGGAGCACGUCACAAAAGGAUUCGAAAACAUGCCAGCUGCUUUUAUGGGGCUGCUGCGUGGAGACAAUAUCGGAAAGGCUAUUGUUGCAGUGUAACCUCUUGCCAACGGGAGGCACUGACGAAUUUACGCAUCAAGAAGGCCAUUCAUCGGGGGUUGGUAGUAAAUUGUUAGAUGUUUCUGUUAAUGGGACUAUAAAUGAGCUAGGGACUUUUAGUUCAGUCAAACAUUCUUUGAGUAAUCACUAAAACAUUAAAUGUGAAAAGGCGAACCGACACUUGACAUGAUCUUAGGGUGCUGCUUAUAUGGGUGCAGCUCAGAGAGUCUCCAUCCAUUCUUGGGGUUAUGCAACUUCUGCCUAUCUUCACUUCCCUAAUCUUUUUGAACUUUGCCUCUGUUGCAGCUGAGGUUUCCUAUUGAGGGUGAGCUAGCUGACUGUCCAGUCUGUGGCUUUGGUUUUCUUCUGCUUACUUCCCUUUUCUUGGUAUACAUGCAUUUUACAUCUAACGUAGCUAAAGUUGUAUAAAAAGUAUUCAGGAGACCUAAAAAAUGAGUGGUUCUGGAGAAAAGAAAAAGGGUUAUUUCAGUCCUAUGCUGGACCAGCAUGAAGUAUAGUGCUUCUAAUACAAAUCUGAAAUGUAGGGGAUGCAUUUGUAUUCAGUCCUCCUGAGUCAAGACUUUAUAGAACCAUCUUCUCCUUAUUCCACAGUACUUCUAUGCAAAAUAGCUCAAGCAGUGGAGCGUGGGUGGAGAUGAUCUGUAAAUGUUCAUUUUUGAUUAUUUCCACAGAUUUAAAAUAAAUUUGGAUUUUAAACUAUUGCAGUGUAAUUCUGGCUGUGUGUUUCUGGCCAUGUCUUACUAGAAAGUUAAACCUCCAUCCUACUUUGAAGUCUUUAUGACCUCUAUUAGGCCACGCCAACAUCACUACUUCAUCCUGGUCUAUCACAAACACUCCAUUGAAAAUAAAUGUAGAUUUAUGGUGGCUAAAUGUUAGUCAGACUUCAAGAGGCACGAAUACCUUGUGGAAGCUUUAGUAUCUUCACAGCUAUAAAAGUUUACUUUUGUACUUGUAAUAGGUUUCUACUGUUGGUUAUAUAGACCACAAACCUAAUCAUUUGUUGUAAUGAAACACAAGAGGCACCAGAAAGUAAAGAUUACUAGGAUGUUUACAUAUUCACCACUUUGCAAAUACUGUUGUUGAUUUAACAUGCACAGUGUAUUGUAAUUGUCUUUAGUAUUUACUGCAAGCUUUAGUAUAAAA